UCGAAGCUUAGAACAAUAAGGCGGGAUGCAAUUUAGUGGACCGUUGGCCGUGUUUACCGCUCUGCUGACGCUGGUGGCAUUUCCUGCCCUUAUUCAGGCCGAUUCCACAGAGCUUUACGGCGAUAUAGAGAAUACGGAAUACGGCGAUUUUGAGUCACUAAGUCAAACCCGCGAGCAACAGAAACAUCUCUGCCAUCGCGAGGUGCCCACUGUGUUUUUCCAAACCGAGAAGGAUUCCCCGGUGCGCGGCAAUGGUUCGACGAUCUACUACCAUCGCAUAGAGGUCUGUUGUGCGGGCUAUCGUCGGGAUGCCCACUCCCAGGAUUGUGUGCCGGAUUGCUCCGAAUCUUCACCAGACAAUUGCCGCAAUGGCUUUUGCCGUAGUCCCGGAAACUGCGAGUGCUUCGCCGAGUUCGUUCGCAACGAGCAAGGCGCCUGCAUCCACACCUGUCCCAUUGCCUGCCAGUACGGCAGGUGCUAUCUGAACGGCACCUGUGCCUGCCAUCGGGGCUUCGUCCUGGAUCAGGAUACCCGGCAGUUCUGCCGUCCACAGUGCUCGCAGGCCUGUGGCACCCACGAGGAGUGUGUGGCGCCCGGACAGUGCGACUGCUCUCCCGGCUAUAGGCGGACGGCGGAUCUGGGAUGUCAGCCUGUCUGCGCCCCGGACUGCGGAUUCGGAAAGUGCGUGGCGCCCAACCAGUGCGACUGCUUCGCGGGAUUUAUAAAAAGGCCGAACAGAAAUGUCUGCGAAGCUGAGUGCUACCUAAAUUGCGAGAAUGGUUUCUGUGAGUCGAGGUACAAGUGCCACUGCCGAGAAGGAUAUCACUACAACGUGAAUACCACUAGCUGUUUGCCGGUGUGCAUCGACAAUUGUGGCCAAGGGAAUGGGGUGUGCAUUGCACCCGGAGUUUGUCGCUGCUUUGAAGGAUACGAAGCCCAUGGUGCCGACUGUCGUCCCAAGUGUCAAAGAUCCUGUGGAAAAUUCGGUCGAUGUGUGGCUCCUGAGAUCUGCGGCUGUGGUCAGGGUCAACAGCAUUGCCGCAAUGGAAGCUGCGAUGAUGUGGAGCAUUGUACGUGUCCUGCGGGGGAAACACACUUUAUAGAUCGCUGCCUGAAGCCCGACCAACUCAUCCAGCAACUCAAUACCAGCGAAAAGAGAAAACACUUUAAUCGUCAGCUGGCUUACGAGUUUAAUGCCCUGAUUGGGCGUCUAUUUAAUUUUUGAUCUAAGAAGAAACAAUAAAAACAGAUUGGAGGUCUAA